AGUAGUGAUCAUAAAAUAACAAAAAAUUAAAUUUAUGUUCAAAAGUUGUUCACAAUAAUUAUUUGUUACAAUAAGUGCUAUGAUGGACAUGUCGUGGAUUUCAUGGAUAGGGCUAACUGCCUUAUCAAUAAUUGCGCUUUUAUAUUGGCGUUUGACACAAACAUUUAAUUACUGGACCAAAAGAAACCUGAAGGGACCGAAACCUUAUCCAUUUGCGGGCACUAAUCUGUAUACCUUUAUCAAAUGCAUGCCUUUAGUUGAAUUGGACUGGUAUAAAAAGUUUGGAUCACUUUAUGGGACAUUCAACAAAUCAGAUCCAGUGCUGAAAGUGGCCAAACCAGAGCUGAUUAAAACCAUUUUAGUGAAGGACUUCCACCUGUUCUCAGAUCGCGUGUAUAGACCGGCGCCUCACGAGGUGUUGGAUAAGAAUCUGUUCCACUCGAGAGGCGAAGACUGGAAGCGCUUGAGAUCUAUAAUGAGUCCCACAUUUACGUCGGGAAAGAUG